AUGAAGUACUCCAUGAUUAUUGUUGCCGCUUUUCCUUGCGCCUCUCUCGCCGGACUGAUUGCACAUACACGGAGACAGAGUAUCCCCCUAGGCGAGCUUUGCAAACUGUACCAUGGCAACGAGCAAGCCUGCAUUAAUGACGUGAGGAUGUGCUCACUGAGUGGAGCGACGGGCCCUGAGGACUACUGGAAGUGUGUACGAGCUGCCAGCCAGCAGCAGACACCGGGACCGAAGUUGGGACUCGAAGUGGGCAAAAAAUGCGCCCUCUGGGGCAACGAGUGCGCCCACGGAUUGGGGAACCUGCGAAAUACCAAGAUGGAGAGCAAGACCAGUGUCAGAGCCGAAGCCGUUCAGAGGCGCGAGGCAAGGGCCUCCCGGUUCGUCCAAGUUGAAUCUACUGCCCUGACGGAUUCGGACGGUGCCGAAGUGCUUAGUAAGCAAAGAUGUAGGCCAAUCAAGACUUCCCACCUCGGCAUCACCAGCGUCACGACCGCACCUCAUCACCACCAAGAAUACAAUGUCGGAACCGAAACCACGCAGCACCCGGCGUACAAGAGCGCCGUCUGGAAGCUGCAGCCUCACUCCUCCGGCAGCCUCCCCGUGGCCCGGGGGCGCGGCAGCCCCGUCCACAUCUACUGGGAAGUCCACGGCUCCGGCCCGACCAAGCUCGUUCUCGUCAUGGGCCUCGCCGGCACGACCACGUCGUGGCAGGUGCAGACGCACCACUUCGGCCACGUCCACGGGACGCAGAACUCGGUGCUGGUGCUCGACAACCGCGGCGUCGGGCGGUCCGACAAGCCGCUGGGGCGGUACACGACGUCCCAGAUGGCCCGGGACGUGCUGUCGGUGGCCGACCACGUGGGCUGGACGCAGCCGCGGCAGCUCAACGUCGUGGGCAUCUCGCUCGGGGGCAUGGUGGCGCAGGAGCUGGCGUGCCUGGCGCCGCGGCGCAUCCGGUCGCUGUCGCUGGUGAGCACGAGCGCGCGCGUCGAGAGCGGCAAGACGCUCGCCCAGACGGCCGCCGACCGCAUCGGCCUGCUGCGGCCCAAGCCCGAGGGCCGCGCCGUCCGCGACACCGCCGCCCUCCUCUUCCCGCCCGCCUUCCUCGCCGCCCCCGACGACGCCCUCGCCCUGCCCUCGCCCGCCGCCACGCCCCUGUGCGCCCCCGCCGACACCCCCGACGGCGAGUACCGCCGCUUCGGGUCCAACUUCCAGCGCUUCCAGGCCCAGGAGCUGCACAAGCGCCGCGCCCCCGGCGCCCUGACCCUGCCCGGCUUCGUCGGCCAGCUCCUCGCCGCCGCCGGCCACGCAAAGUCGCCCGCUCAGCUGCGCGCCAUGGCCGACGACGUCGGCAGGGACCGCAUCCUCGUCCUGCACGGCGACGCCGACAACAUGCUCGACGUGCGCAACGGCCGCCGCCUGGUCCGCCUGCUGGAGCCCGGCGCCGCCCUCGUCGUCGAGGGCUUGGGCCACGCGCCCAUUUUCGAGAGGAGCGUCUGGUUCAACGCCCUGCUGGACGAGAGGCUGCGUGCCUGGUCGAGGCUGUGA